CUGGAGAACUACAGGAACCUUGUCUCCCUGGGACUUGCUGUUAACAAACCAGGUAUCAUCUCUCAUUUGGAGAGAGGAGGAGCACCAUGGAUUCCAGAGAGAGCUGUCCCAGGAGAUGCCUUUCCAGGAUCAUUGAGACUAUUCCCUCCCUGGUAUUAUCCUCUUUCUUACUCUCCUCCUACCUAUCCCCAAUUGUUACCCUGUUGGAUCAGAUGGGUUUCUCCACCAAACUGUGUACCUGUGAUAUCAACCCUCCGCUGUCCAUUUCAGAGUGCCUCAAUCUGGAGAUUAGCUGCAAAACAAAAGAGGCAAUUCCACAAGUGGACAGUUUUGUGGGAGAGUCACCCAAUGAAAGAUUCAAGUUAGUUGAAACCUGGCAGUGUGCUGUUAGAUUAGAGCAACAAAAGGGCAACCAUGAAAAACAAAACCAGCAAGUGACAGUCACCCACAGGAAAACAUCUACUAAGUCUAUUGACAAUGAAUGUAAUACAUUAGAGAAAGAAUUGCAUGUGGGGUCAAGCUCAAUUCCAAAACAAAGGAUUCAUACAAAGAAGAGUCGACAUAAACGUGGAAAGAACUUUACACAUUUUUCAGAUGAAAGUAAACAAGAUAGAAUCUUUUCUAAGAAGAAACUCUGCAACUAUAAUAAAUGUAGUAAGUCAUUCCAUUACCAUUCACACCUUAUGCAACAUUACAGAAAAUAUACUGAAGAAAAGGCCCAUGAGCAUGGGAAAAUCUUUAGCAACACCUUAUCCCUUACAAAUUGUUUGACAAUUCAUGCUACAGAGAAAUUUUUUCAGUGUACUGAAUGUGGAAAAGCCUUCAGCUGCAAAUCUAGUCAUAUUCUAUAUCAGAGAAUUCAUUCUGGAGAGGAAUCCUUUGCAUGUAAUGAAUGUGUGAAAUCCUGUAGAAGGAGUAUAUCCCUUAGUAAACCUAAAAGAUUUCAUAUUGAAGAGAAACGCUUUGAAUGUAGUGAAUGUGGAAAAUCCUUCCGUCAUUGCAGAAACCUUGACAAACAUAAGAGAAUUCAUACUGGAGAGAAAACCUUUGAAAGUACUGAGCGUGGAAAAUACUUUAAUCAUUGUCGAAACCUUGAUAAACAUAAAAGAGUUAAUACUGGAAAGAAACCCUUUGAAUGUAGUGAAUGUGGGAAAUUCUUCAGUUAUUACAGAAGCCUUCACAGACACAAGAAAAUUCAUACUAGAGAGAAGAACUUUGAAUGCAUUGAAUGUGGAAAAUACUUUAGUCAUUGUAGAAACCUUGAUAGACAUAAAAGAAUUCAUACUGGAGAGAAACCUUUUAAAUGUAGUGAAUGUGGGAAAUCCUUUAGCUAUAGGACCCUGCUUACUCAUCAUUAUAGAAUUCAUACUGGAGAGAAACCCUUUAAAUGUAAUGAAUGUGGGAAAUCCUUUAGAGGGCGUGGACACCUUAAUAGACAUAAAGUAAUUCAUACUGGAGAGAAAUCCUUUGAAUGUGAUGAAUGUGGGGAAUCCUUUAGAAGAAGUGAAUCCCUUAAUAAUCAUAAGAGAAUUCAUACUGGAGAAAAGCCCUUUAAAUGUAAUGAAUGUGGAGAAUCCUUUAGAAGGAAUGAAUACCUUACAAAACAUAACAGAAUUCAUACUGGAGAGAAGCCCUUUAAAUGUAAAGACUGUGGGAGAUACUUUAGAAGAAGUGAAUCCCUUACUAAACAUAAGAGAAUUCAUACUGGAGAGAAACCUUUUAAAUGUGAUGACUGUGGGAAAUACUUUAGAAGGAGUGACUCUCUUACUACACAUAAGAGAAUUCAUACUGGAGAGAAACCUUUUAAAUGUAAUGAAUGUGGGAAAUGCUUUAAACAAUAUGGAAACCUUAGCAGCCAUAAGAGAAUUCACAGUGGAGAGAAGCCCUUUGAAUGUAGUGAAUGUGGAAAAUCUUUUCGUCAGUGUGGAGACCUUACCAAGCAUAAGAGAUUUCAUACUGAAGAGAAAUCAUUUAAAUGUAGUGAAUGUGAGAAGUCUUUUCACCAUUGUGAAGACCUUGAUGGACAUAAGAGAAUACACAGAGAAAAACUUUUUGAAUGCAAUGAAUGUGGGAAAACUUUUAGAAGGAUUGUAUCCCUUACUAGACAUAAGAGAAUUCAUACUGGAUAGAAACCUUUUGGAUGUGAUGAUUGUAGGAAAUCUUAUAAAUGAAUGUCUCUGAUAAAGAUCCGAUAUAAAAAAUUUAUAGGGAAUUGAUAAAUAAAAAUAAAUUCUAUUGCCUUUUUACAGUGAUUAAAGAAUUUGAAUGAAGAAUUUGCAGAUUUGCAAUCUACAACAUUCAUGUGAAAGAAUGUUUCAGAUCACUAAAAAUAAGAGAAACACAAGAAAACAAGUAUGAUUUCAUCUCAUACCUUUAAGACUGACAAAGAUGACAAAAGACAAAAUAGUAGAUGUUUGAAAGGCUUUAGGAAGACAAAUAAUUUAAUACAUGGUUA